GACCAGCUCUUCGACAUUCCUGUAAAAUAAUAAAUGAGGUCACAUGAUCUAUGAGUGUAUUUCUAAUUAAUUUCUAAUAUAUAUUUAUGUAUAUAUAUAUAAAUAUGCAUACUGUGUAUAAUGUCUUAAUGAAUCGAAUGAAUCUCAACCUGCUUCUGAAACUUGUCCAGCUUGUGCCAUACUUUCUCUCGAUCUCUCACACACCCAUCCAGAGCUGAUGACACGCCCAGCCUGCUUGCUCUGAUGCAUUUUAAAGAUGAAAAGGAGGCACGGUCCUAUCAGCGAGACCUUCACAACACACACAUAUACAUACACGUACACAUAGAGCAAAGGAAAGCCAUAGCUACAGAUGUCUCCGUGGCGAAAAUGUAACAACCCUGAGCAGGAAACAUGACAGGAAGAGGGGUGGUGAGUGUGUAAAACUUGCUUUCUAAUCUUCCUCUCUAAAACGUUAGUACUGCUGUGAAAGAUGGACUGCAACGGAGGUGCUGAGAAGAAGACUUACAUGACUGCCGUUACUUUGGAGCUGAAGCCAUCAAGAGAUUCUCCAACUCCAGGAUGUGGGCUGAGGAGCCCGGAGAACGGGACGGCGACGGAAGACAAAGAAAAGACAGACGUGGAUGCAUCGAAAGCUGUCACACCCAAGAGAAGAGCUGCCAGUGGAACAGGCCCUGCGGUUGAGUUUGUGGACCCUGUGGACAAGGUGCAGGUGCGGGUUGGGGAGACCGCACGACUUUCUUGCUCCUUCAGCUUCUCGGGGCCGACGGCGUCCUGCUGGAUCCACAACAGGAAAAAGGUUGUGGUGGACGGAGAUCGAACUCGCAUCGAGCGCAGCACUAGUGGCAGUGUCUUGACCAUCUCUGAAGUUCUUCCUGUGGACGUAGGAAGCUACACGAUCUUUGUUCAAACUCGACAAGGCAUCGCUGAACAUACGAUUCUUCUCUGCAUUAACAAUCGACCGGAACGCCCCGCGUCGUGUCCGUUCGUGUCCCAGCUGACUCCCAGUUCUUUAGUUCUGUCCUGGAGUGGACCGAGUUACGAUGGUGGUUCACCAAUCGCAGAUUACGUGGUAGAGAUGCAAAGUUUCGGGCCAGCUGAAUCCGGGGACUGGACCGUGCUCACUUCCGAGUGUAAGGACACGACGUACCGGGUCCGCUCGGGCCUUGACGCACAGGGCGAGUACCGCUUCCGUGUACGAGCCUGCAACGCUGUGGGGGUCAGCGAUCCCAGUGAAGAGUCCGACUGCAUCAAGAUGGCUACAGCAGGGGAGCCACAGGAGGAGACUCCUACAGAAGUCGAGAUUGUUGUUGACACCACGCACAAGGUCAAAGAUUGCUACAACAUCCAUGAAAAAUUAGGAGUAGGGAAGUUCGGCCAGGUGUUCCGACUGACCCAUAAGGAGACGGGUCGCGUGUGUGCCGGAAAGUUCUACCGUGCGAUCGGGUCCAAGGACAAAGAAGCGGCUCGAGAGGAGAUCAAGAUGAUGAAGGAGCUGCGCCAUCCGAAGCUGGUGCAGUGUCUGGGAGCGUUCGACACCCGCUCAGAGAUCACCUUGAUCAUGGAGUACAUUGCUGGCGGUGAGCUCUUCGAACGCAUCGUGGACGAGAAUUUCGAGCACACGGAGCCCAACAGCAUGCAGUAUAUGCGGCAGAUCCUGGAGGGCAUCCUGUAUCUUCACCGCAAAAACAUCGUCCACCUCGACCUGAAACCUGAGAACAUAGUGUGCCUCAACACCACCGGGACGCUCAUAAAGAUCAUCGACUUUGGCCUGGCCAGAAAAAUCGAACCUGGAAAGCUUCUUAAGGUGAUGCACGGCACGCCCGAGUUCGUGGCUCCGGAGGUCGUCAACUUCGAGCCUGUGGAUCUGGCGACCGACAUGUGGAGCAUCGGGGUGAUCUGCUACAUCCUGCUGAGCGGAGAGUCGCCGUUUCAGGGGAGUUCAGACGUCGAGACUCUCGCGCUGGUCACCGCUGGAACCUGGGAGUUUGACCUAGAGUUUGAUGACAUCACAGACGAGGCCAAGGACUUUAUCUGCAAACUGCUGAAGAAGGAGUUAGGGUUCGUGCACUUAUUUUAUUUUUUUCCUUCUCUAUUGUAUGGAUGUACACAUGUUGAUAACGGUCUUUCUUUAUCCCUCUGUCUCACGCACAGGAAGCGGAUGUCCUGUGAACAGGCUUUGGCUCAUCCGUGGAUGGCGUCGUCCUCUGGACGAGUCACAAAAACCCUGAACAAAGACAAGAUGCGGCGUUUCCUGGCCAGGCGACGAUGGCAGAAAACCGGUAAGGCCGUGCUGGCGCUGAAGAGGAUGACGCACCUCUCCAACAGAUCGGACGGCUCGGAUUCUCCUCCCAGCCAAGUGAAUGACACGGCUCUGGGGAAGGAGGCGAAAGAGGCUGUUCUGGCUCUGGAGCAGCAGCUGAGGAGCGAGCCAAAUUUCCCACAAGCCCUUCACAACCUUACGGAGCCCUGCGGCGCUACUGUACGCAUGGCCUGCAUCGUCCAAGGUUAUCCCGACCCGGAAGUGGUGUGGCUGCUUGAGGACGAGCCUCUGGAGGAGACGGAGCGCGUGCAGAUGGAGUACAAAGAGGACGGGCUAUGUACGCUCACCCUCACCCGGGUGCAACCGAGGGAUUCUGGGCUGUACAAGAUCCGAGCCACUAACCACCUGGGUCGGGCGCUGUGUUCGGCGAGGCUCACCGUGGCAAACUAGAGGCGUGGGGGGGAUCUAGAGAGGAAGGUGCGGUUGUGUAGAGCUGCAAUUGUUCAAGAACAAGGGUCCAGCGCAGCCGAAAAAGAACGCUUGACAAGGAUUAAGGUCUCCGGGUCCCGAUUAUCACAAAGGCACUUUGAUGCACGAUUCACAUGAUACUAGAGAGAGACCAUUCUAUCAAUUUUAUUUAAUUUUUUUCUUCCACCACUAUUGUCACUUAAGGACACGUCUGCAUUAUUAUCUAUAGAGUUAAAUGUUCGCAAUGUACACCGACCACUUUA